AUGCCGCGUCCCAGCAAUGACACUUGCCGGCUCGAGACGAUUGUUGUGCGCACAAAGGACAAGCAGGCGACCUUGGAGAGGGAGCUGAGACUACUGGAGCUCAGAACGGCUGGGACCAAGCAGGCAUUGAAGCACGCAACUCGUGAGAACGAGGCCGCCAUGUCUCGACUGAAGGAACACAAGGCAGUCCACUUGCGGCUCAUUGCUUUGCCGAUCGAGAUCCUGAUUCAGAUCGCUGGUCAUCUCCUACCGCCCUUCACUUCGGCUCAAACGAUUGAUCCAGCGCGCCAGACGACCGAAGACUUGGAGUCGUUCAUCGACGACGAGACUGUGGAGGGACACCGCGAUUGGAAUGCACUCAAGCAGACAUGCAAACGCUUGAUACCUGCGGUCCAAGAGGCCUCGCGGUCAGGCCUUCGUGAAAAAUGGUGGAUGCUGAGACAGUCUUUUCUGAGGUUCAACGACGAUCCCGCCGCGAAUGAGCCUGAGUUGUACAUUUCCCCGGGGCCGGCCAAGAAGCUAGGAUGGAGGGGAAAGCGGCCUUCUUCGAAGUGA